CACAACGUCAAAUUGAGUAGUAUUGCCUAUCCUUCCUAUCCCAAAGGCGCUUCAACAGCCCCCUCUCCCUCUAUUAAGUUUCUAUUGGAGACUAGGGUUUUUCUGAGUACGAGUUACACAGCUUCGUCCCCAUUUUAGGAAUUAAAGGCUCAAACUUUUCCAGUUAUGGGUGGAAGUGGGAAGCGAGGUCGUUCGCAGAGAGACCACUACGAGAGUGAAAACAAGAACCAAAGACGACGUGGGAAUGAGAAAGACGAAAGGGGCAGUGACGAUUUGAUCGUUUACAGGAUUUUAUGCCCUGAUGGAGUCAUUGGAAGUGUCAUUGGUAAGAGUGGUAAAGUAAUAAAUUCGAUAAGGCAAGACAGUAGAGCAAAGAUCAAGGUGGUUGACCCUUUCCCGGGUUCCCCUUAUCGGGUUUUGACGAUUUAUUCCUAUGUUAAGGAGAAGGUUGAAGUUGAGAUUGAAGAUGAGUUUAAUGAGAGGCGGCCUCUCUGUGCUGCUCAGGAUGCGCUUCUCAGAGUUCAAGCCGCUAUUGCGAAUGCAAUGGCUUCAGUUGGCGAUUCUGAGAAGAAAAGAAGAGAUAGAGAUAAGGAUAAGGAUAAGGAAGAAUGUCAAGUUCUUGUUCCUGCUAGCCAGUCUGCAAAUAUAAUUGGUAAGGCCGGGGCAACAAUUAAGAAGCUUAGAAGCAAGACAAGGACGAGCAUUAAGGUUAACCCUAAGGAUGGUUCUGACCCAGCACAUUCAUGUGCAAUGGAAUUUGACAAUUUUGUUCAGAUAUCUGGCGAACCAGAUGCAGUGAGAAAAGCAUUAUUUGCAAUUUCUGCAAUUAUGUACAAAUUUCCUCCAAAGGAAGAGAUACCACUUGAGACAAAUGUCCCAGAAGCUCCACCAAGCAUAAUUAUCCCAUCAGAUGUCCCAAUUUAUCCACCAAGUGGGCUAUACCCAAGUGCAGACUCUAUUCUGCCUUCUAGACAGAUUCCUUCAAUCUUAGGUGCCACACAUUUACAGGAUAUUCAGGGUUAUGCUGAUACCGGAAAUACAUGGUCUCUUUAUUCAUCUGCUCUUCCUGUAGUGCCUGGUUACAGUGCUGCCACUCGAUCUGAGGAGUUAACUGUUAGGGUGUUGUGUCCUUUUGACAAGAUUGGGCGUGUGAUUGGCAAGGGUGGUGGUACCAUUAAAAGUAUAAGGCAGGCUAGUGGUGCUCGCGUUGAGGUUGAUGACACCAAGGAUGAUCGUAAUGAGUGUAUCAUCACUAUCACAUCAACUGAGUCAGAAGAUGACAUGAAGUCUAUGGCAGUUGAAGCUGUUUUAUUGCUUCAAGGGAAGAUAAAUGAUGAAGAUGAUGACACAGUCACCAUACGACUUCUUGUUCUAUCUAAAGUUAUUGGUUGUAUCAUUGGAAAAAGUGGUUCCAUCAUUAAUGAAAUUCGUAAGAGGACAAAAGCUGAAGUCCGUAUCUCAAAAAGUGAGAAGCCAAAGUGUGCUGAUGUCAAUGACGAGCUUGUUGAGAUGUCGGGCGAAGUUGAUAAUGUAAAAGAUGCACUUGUUCAGAUUGUGUUACGGCUUCGAGAUGAUGUAUUGAAAGAUAGAAAUAGUGCUCGUAAUCCCUCUGCUGGUAGUGACUCAUUAUACUCAGGUGGCACUAGUCUUUCAAUGCCAUCAAUGCUGCCUUCUGUUCCAUCAGUUGCUCCUUUGGGUUAUGAUCAGAGGACCGACAGUGGAAGUGGCUUGGGCUUGAUCUCAUCAAGUAGCCUCUAUGGAUAUGGAUCUUUACCGAUGGGAGAAAAUGGCUAUGGAUCAAUGUCGUCCUAUUCAUCCAAGCUGUAUGGAGGGUUGACACCCCCUUCUACACUUGAGAUGCUGAUUCCUGCUAAUGCAGUGGGUAAGGUCAUGGGAAGAGGAGGAGCGAAUUUAGCCAACAUCAAGAAGAUUUCUGGAGCUGCAGUAGAAAUUUCUGAGUCCAAAUCCUCUCGUGGAGAUCGCGUUGCUCUUAUAUCUGGAACACCUGAUCAAAAGCACACAGCAGAGAGCUUGAUUCAGGCCUUUAUGAUGUCCACUUAACUUCUAGGGAUACCUCUUGGUGUUUGAAGGUGAAUGGUUAUCUAUUGGUCGGUUUUCUCUUUUGUUUCCUGUACUAGCUCCUUUAGGUUUUGGUUUCAGGUGAGGUAAUCUUUAGGUGUAUUUAAGGGCUUCUCCUGACCAUUCCGAACCAGUGACCAUCAAGAUUAUGCAGGAGGAUUGUUGCUUGUUUUAUGUUUAAGGGUAUAGGCCUCUUUCUUUUGUCGUAAUCUGCAACAUCGCCGAACUUAUUAGGAACCUAGUAGGUUCUUUCUUUCCUUUCGUAUAUGGUUUUCUGGUCUUUUCUUGCCUAGUGUAGGCUCCAUCUGAUUUCCAAUGCUAGCAUACUCUGAAUUUGAUGUUCUCACCAGCAAACUUAUUCAGUAGUGAUCAUAAUUUGUCAAUCUUAUUAUAUGUGUGCUA